CUUAGUGUGAAAGCCGUUUAUUGAAUCUCUCUCGUUACUAGAUCUGGUUCUACCUAUUCCUGCCCGUACCAAAAGAAAGCGUAGGAAAAGAGAAAAGGUAUAUUUGAAAAAAAAAGCAGCGCAACCCGACCAACCAUGCCUCACCCCUUCCACCCCGACGACUUCCCCAUCAACACCACCCGCCGCUUCCAGCCGACCCGCGUCCUCUUCCUCAAGGGCUGCAUCCACUUCAAGACGACGGCCCAGAUCCUCGAGCUGACCGGCUCCGUCGGCGCCGCGCCCCUGACCGCCGGCGGCGACCUGAGCUCGGCGUUCCUCGACGAGGCCGAGCGCGCCGCCGACCACCUCGUCCGCCGCGACGCCGAGCCCCUGUACCAGAUCGCGUCGUCGGGCAACAUGAUGCGCACGCUCAAGACGCUGACGCGCGGCCGCUCCGGCGCCAAGGUCGCCGACCUCAACAUGACCUUCGUCUCCUUCGACUCGUCGUCCGUCCGCUUCCCGCGCGACAGCCCCCACUGCCGCCACGAGGUCGAGAUCUGCCCCGUGUCGCCCUCCUCCUUCGCCUCCACCUCCGCCGCCGGCCGCGGCGACAGCAGCAAAGACGGCGCCGACGCCAGGCACGAGGCCUUCGUCCGCCACAGCAUCCCCUACUUCUGGGACCUGACGCGCGGGCGCAACGGCGUCCUCUACAAGUGCCUCAACCAGCAGCGCGUCGAGGUCGCCCGCGUCACCGCCGCCGGCCGCGGGUCCGACGACGACGCUAUCCUUGUGUUCGACAGCGACGAGCUAGACGACGCCGUCACCGUGUCGACUUGUAUCGUGCUGCUGAACGGACGCGACGCCAUCGACACUUGAGAGGGGGAGAGAGGGGGGGGAAGAAAGAAAGGAGAGCAUCGGGGGCAGAGAAGGAGGGAGGGAGAGGAGAUAGGAGAGGUAGCAGUGACGAAAUGGGAUGGAUUAACUUUGGAGAGUGCUGACGAUGAAGGAGAAAGGGUUGAGGGCCUGAGAAAACAAUGAAAAAGACAGAAUGCGGCGCUUAUA